AGCCAGCCUGCUGUGUCGUUAAUGCUGGGUCCAUCCUCUCUGCAUGUUUGGCCAACAAGGGGAUAUCCGUGAUCCGACCUUAUUCGUGACUGUUCUUUUUGUUUUGUAACCAAGUAAAAUGUACUACAAGUUAAAUGGAGUUACACAAAGACUUGCCGGAUCGGCACCGAGUGCGUACAGCCCUCAGGGGUUGAGGGUAACAGUGCCCACGGAGGCCCCUCCAAUGAUCUUUGCCACCCCCACCAAAUAUGUGUCGGAGGCAGGGAACACGGUGGAGUACCUGGGAKACAACAAAGUCCCUGACCUACAGAAACUCUUCCAGAAGUCUGACGGUAUCCCUGUGCACCUGAAGAGAGGCCUGAUGGACAAGAUGCUGUACAGGACCACCAUGGGCCUGACCAUUGGAGGGACCCUCUACUGCCUGAUGGCUCUCUACAUAGCUGCCCAGCCAAGGAAGUGAUCUGUUUAUCCAGCCCCUUCCCCUUCAAGGGUCCAACAGGAUUCUAUAUGAUUUAGGAGCAAUAAUGUGGAUGAUGAUUGUGCUCAGACGGUCAA